AUGGAGAGCAUCACUCCAGACACCAUACAGCCAGACACCACCCAGCCAGACACCACCCAGCCAGACACCACCCAGCCAGACACCACCCAGCCAGACACCAUACAGCCAGACACCACCCAGCCAGACACCACCCAGCCAGACACCACCCAGCCAGACACCACACAGCCAGACACCAUACAGCCAGACACCACCCAGCCAGACACCACCCAGCCAGACACCACCCAGCCAGACACCACACAGCCAGACACCACCCAGCCAGACACCACCCAGCCAGACACCACACAGCCAGACACCACCCAGCCAGACACCACACAGCCAGACACCACCCAGCCAGACACCACCCAGCCAGACACCACACAGCCAGACACCACACAGCCAGACACCACCCAGCCAGACACCACCCAGCCAGAAACCACACAGCCAGACACCAUACAGCCAGACACCACCCAGCCAGACACCACACAGCCAGACACCACCCAGCCAGACACCACCCAGCCAGAGCAGCACACAGCCAGAGCACCACCCAGCCAGAGCAGUGCACAGCCAGAGCAGCGCACAGCCAGAGCAGCACACAGCCUGAGCAGCACACAGCCUGAGCAGCACACAGCCAGAGCACCACCCAGCCAGAGCAGUGCACAGCCAGAGCAGCGCACAGCCAGAGCAGCACACAGCCUGAGCAGCACACAGCCUGAGCAGCACACAGCCAGAGCAGCACCCAGUCAGAGCACCACCCAGCCAGAGCAGCACACAGCCAGAGCAGCACACAGCCAGAGCAGCACCCAGCCAGAGCGGCACACAGCCAGAGCAGCACACAGAGGACAACAUUGUCAUCCUGUGUGA